AAACCCUUGGUGGUCACUCGUGGAGUUUCAAGCCAACACAACAUGUGGAAAAACAAACAAAAAGCUGCAAUAAUGAGUCGUCGAUCUGAGUCAAUUUCACAGGGUUAAACAGUCAAUCGACGAUCGCUGUAAAGCGAAUUACGAAAAUGUGUAGAGGAUAAUAUUUACUAGUUAUGGCAAUUUCAAACCAAAAUAAGCAGCUGCAGUCUUAAACUGCCGAGCUAAGCGCCUUCACAAGGCGGUGCGCGCUCCCGCGUCCUGCAAUCGAUUUCUGGCAGACAGUCACUUUUUGACACCACAUCAGUCCACAGCCCGGAUAAAUAGAGGGGUUGCGUCAGAAAGGGCAUUCGGUCUAAAACUCGCCAAAAGCGAGCCCAGCUUCAUUAUGGGCGGGGGGAAUGCCGUGACGCAAUUGAUGUGUGCGGGGCCGGAUGGUCCAACGCAUCCGCAGCCAUUACUACUUGCUAGCUACACCCAGUAAGACAACGGCGGUGCACCCUUUGCUGUCCUGGAGAAGAGAAAUUUGUUCAAGUAAGUGACAGACAAGCCACUUAAAGUCAACUCACACUGCACAAAAAUAAAGUUUGGUUGUCAGCAUGUUCAAUUUGAUGAAAAAAGAUAAGGAGCGAGAAGAAAGUCGGAAGGAAAAGAAAGACAAAAAAGAACAAAUGUCUGCAGCAGAGCUGCGCAGCUUGGAAGAGAUGAGUUUGCGGCGUGGUUUCUUUAACCUGAAGAGAGAGGCAAAGCGUGAGUCUAAAAACAAACCAGAGAUUUCCAACCCCAUUCCCAUCAAAGUAACCUGCAACAACGAGGCCACCUUCACAGAUGUUGAGCUUGAUGGUAUAAGCAACAAAAGCAGUAUGGGUUUAGAUGACCAACUAAGUGUGGCCAGCUCCACUGAUGACAUAAAAUGUGAGAUAGGAGGAGUACAGGAUGGAAGUUCAGUGCGUGAUCGUGUGGCCAGACAAAACUCCUCGCAUGUGGGUCAGAUGAUGAAACGCUUUUCAUUUUCUCAGAGGAGCAAAGAAGAAAGCCCCUCAGAGGGCUCCACCCCCUCAGACCAGAACCUUUCUAUCCCUUCUCCUCAGGUAGAGGGCAAAAAUUUCACCAUGCUCCACCAGCACAGCUCUAAGGACCAGCCGGAACCUAUGGCGACCAAAAAAGUGUGCAUCCCUGAACUGGUAGACAAGACCUUUGCUACAGACCUGCAGUUGCCAGCUGUGGUUUUACUAAACGUAUCAGAAACACGUGAGCUGGUGCUUCAACGACGAAUCACUGGGGACUUUGGGUUUUCUUUACGCCGUACUACCAUGUUGGACCGCAGGCCUGAUGGAGCAGUGUACAGACGUGUGGUUCACUUUGCUGAACCUGGCGCUGGCACUAAGGAUUUGACUCUGGGGUUGGUGCCAGGCGACAGGCUGGUGGAAAUAAAUGGUCAAAAUGUGGAGAAUAAAAGUCGAGAUGAUAUAGUGGAGAUGAUUCGUCAGUCAGCAGACACAGUGAAGCUAAAGGUGCAGCCAAUCCUGGAGCUGAGUGAGCUAAGCCGCUGCUGGCUCAAAAACAUGGAGGGUCUACGCAGGGAGGCCAGACAUGUCAAGACAGAGGAGCAAAUUACAGCAGAACAAGCCUGGUAUGGAUCAGAGAAAGUCUGGCUAGUCCAUAAAGAUGGCUUCUCUUUGGCUACUCUGGUGAGGUCAGAUGCUGGAUGCAUGCCAGAUGGCAAAGUGAAAAUUAAACUUGAGAGUAAUGGCGCAAUACUUGAUGUGGAGGAAGAGGACGUAGAAAGGGCGAAUCCUCCACUGUAUGACCAAUCAGAGGACCUGGCUUCACUGCUUUAUCUUAAUGAAUCAAGCGUAAUUCACUGCCUUAGACAGCGCUAUGGAGGCAAUCUCAUGCAUACCUAUGCCGGUUCCAGCAUGGUGGUCAUCAACCCUCUUAGCACACCCUCGAUGUACUCUGAGAAAGUAAUGCAUAUGUUCAAGGGCUGCCGACGGGAGGACUCCGCUCCUCACAUCUACUCUGUGGCGCAGUCUGCCUACCGAAGCCUGCUCACCACCCGACAGGAUCAGUCUAUCGUGCUGCUGGGGAAGUCUGGCAGCGGCAAGACCACCAACUGCCAGCACCUACUGCAGUACUUGGUGUUAAUCGCAGGCAGCACUGGCAAAAUCUUCUCUGCUGAAAAGUGGCAGGCGGUUUACACCAUACUGGAAGCUUUUGGGAACAGUUCCACUGCCAUGAAUUCCAACGCUAGCCACUUCUCUCAUGUAGUGUCCCUUGACUUUGAUCAGACUGGACUGGUGGCCUCCGCCUCAAUCCAGACAAUGCUGCUAAACAAAAUGAGAGUGAGCCGGCGACCUGAGGCAGAGUCCACCUUCAAUGUUUUCUACUACUUAAUGGCUGGGGCCGACAGCAACCUGAGAACAGAGCUUCACUUUUAUCACCUGGCUGAGAACAGUGAAUUUGGAAUCUUACCACAGUCUAAGCCUGAGGAAAAGCAGAAAGCUUCACAGCACUUUACUAAGCUGCAAGCAGCUAUGAAAGUUCUGGGCAUCUCUAGUGAGGAGCAACGGGCAAUCUGGUUUAUCCUCGGGGCCAUUUACCACUUGGGAGCUGCUGGAGCCACCAAAGGCAUACUCAUAACCUGGUGCCAUUGGAAAGUGGGGCGUAGACAGUUUGCUCACCAUGAAUGGGCACAAAAAGCAGCCUACCUGCUGGGAUGUACCUUGGAUGAACUUUCCUCUUCUAUUUUUAAGCACCAAACAAUAGGACUACAGCACUCCACCUCAUUUGGAGGAGGACAAGAGACCAGCCGGGGUGAAAGCUCAGUUUUGAAGGUCUCGGCUCUGGAGUGUUUGGAGGCCAUGGCAUCAGGGCUUUACUCAGAAAUCUUCACUCUUGUGAUUAGUCUCAUUAACAGGGCACUGAAGUCCAGUCAACACUCUUUGUGCUCCCUGUUGAUUGUGGACACUCCAGGUUUCCAGAACCCACGGCUUGCUCAACAGCACCGGGGGGCCACAUUUGAGGAGCUUUGUUACAACUAUACCCAGGAGAGGCUGCAGGCUUUGUUCCACGAAUGUACCAUUAUUCAGGAACUAGAGAGAUACAAAGAGGAAAACAUAGAGGUAGCUUUAGAUGACAUAGAGUGUCGUACCUCACAGUCUGUAACAGCUAUUGACCAAACCUCAACACAAGCGCUGGUGCGUGCUGUGGCCAGGACAGAUGAGCCUCGGGGCCUUCUGUGGCUGAUUGAGGAGGAGGCUAUAACGCCUGAAGGUUCAGAGGAAACCUUGCUGCAUAGACUCUUCAGCUACUAUGGCUCUAAACAUGGAGAAAACAAAGGAGCCAGUCUGCUGAUGCGAGGAGAGAAACCUCAUGCCUUCCUGCUUGGUCACAGCCAUGGAACAGACUGGGUGGAGUACAACACUGAGGGAUGGUUGAACUAUGCCAAACACAACCCUGUUGCCCAGAAUGCUGCCACACUGCUGCAGGACUCCCAAAAAAAGAACAUAAGUGGGCUGUUUAUGGGUCGGGCCAGUGGUGCCACAGUGUUGUCGGGCUCUAUUGCUGGUCUCGAGGGAAGCUCCCAGCUUGCAGUGCGGCGAGCCACUAGCAUGAGAAAAACUUUUACUACAGGAAUGGCAGCCAUCAAGAAAAAGAGUCUUUGUAUCCAGAUCAAACUACAAUUGGAUGCUCUGAUUGAUAUGGUACGCCGGUCAAGGGUUCACUUCAUUCACUGCUUACUGCCCAAAUCCGAGGCAGUUGGCGUAAGUGGUGAGCCCCGUGUGAUCCAUGGAGAAAACUGUGAUUUAGGCCUUAUGACGUUGGAUGUGAUUCUCCUAAGGGCUCAGAUCAGAGGAUCUAAACUACUGGAUGCAUUGCACAUCUAUAGGCAAGGAUUCCCAGACCACAUGGUAUUUUCUGAGUUUUGUAGACGCUUUGAUAUACUGGCACCUCAUCUGAUCAGGAAACAUGGGCAUCACCAUAUAGCUACAGAUGGCAAGAAGGCAGUUCAGGAAUUACUGGAGUCCUUGGAGCUGGAGAGGAGCUGCUACCAGAUAGGGCUAAGUAGGGUGUUCUUCAGAGCGGGAAUUCUACUUAGGUUGGAGGAGCAACGUGAUGUUCAGACCAGAAGAAACAUCUCUGUAUUCCAGGCUUUCUGCAGGGGAUACCUUGCCAGACAGGCCUUCAAGAAGAGGAAGAUCCAGGAUUUGGCUAUUCACUGCAUCCAGAAGAAUAUUAGGAAGAAUUGUGGUGUCAAAAACUGGCCAUGGUGGAAGCUCUUCAUCACUGUCAGACCUCUGAUAGAGGUGCAGCUCACGGAAGAACAGAUUCGUGGAAAGGAUGAAGAGAUACAGCAGCUGAAGCAGAAGUUGGAGAAAGUGGAAAAGGAGAGAAAUGAGCUAAGACUCAACAGUGACCGUCUUGAGAUUCGGUUCACGGAGCUGUCAACAGAACUGGCUGAUGAGCGGAACACAGGGGAAUCAGCAUCUCAGCUGUUGGAGAACGAAACUUCUGAAAGACUUUGUCUAGAGAAGGAUAUGAAGGAUUUGCAGGCAAAGUUUAAAAGCGUGACAAAACAGAUGGAGGAUAUGAAACUGGAGGUGAUGGAAGCUCGACUGAUUAGAGUGUCUGAACUAAAUGGAGAGAUGGAUGAUGAUGAUACAGGUGGAGAAUGGAGGCUAAAAUAUGAGCGAGCCAUCAGGGAGACUGAGUUCACCAAAAAGAGACUGCAGCAGGAGUUUGACGACAAGCUGGAGGUGGAGCAUCAGAACAAACGACAACUGGAGAGAACGAUCAAUGACUUGCAAGCUGAUAAUGAAGAGUCUCAGAGAAACAUCCAGCAGCUCAAGAAAAAAACGCAACGACUGACCACUGAACUGCAGGACACAAAACUUCACAUGGAGAAUCUACAGAGUCGCAACUAUGACCUGGAGAAGAAGCAAAGAAAGUUUGACAAUGAGCAGAUUGUUGCCCAAGAAGAGGUACAGAGAGAAAGAAGCCUAAGGGAGAAACUAGCCCGAGAGAAAGACAUUCUAACUGGCGAGACCUUCAGCCUCCGACAGCAGCUAGAGAACAAGGACUUGGAGUUGUGCGCCGUUAAUGUGAGGGUGGAUCAGCUAGAAGCUGAACAACAGGACUUAAGCUCGCAGGAAUCCAAAGAUGAGACAUCACUGGCCAAGAUGAGGAAACAGCUCCGUGAUUUGGAGGCCAAGGUUAAGGACCAGGAGGAAGAACUGGAUGAGCAGGCUGGCACAAUCCAGAUGUUAGAACAGGGCAAGUUGCGCCUGGAGAUGGAAAUGGAACGUUUGCGUCAAACGCAGUCCAAGGAAAUUGAGACCAAAGACGAUGAGGUGGAGAACAUCAGACAGUCUUACAGCAAAAAGCUAAAACAAAUGGAAGUCCAGCUUGAAGAAGAGUAUAAUGAGAAGCAGAAGGUGCUUAAAGAAAAGAGAGAACUUGAGGCAAAGGUUCUGUCAGCACAUGAUAAGGUUCGAGAUAGUGGCAUUGAGACUGAGAAGCGUCUGAGGAAGGACUUAAAAAGAACCAAAGCUCUGUUGGCUGAUGCCCAGAUCAUGCUGGACCACAUAAAGAAUAAUGCUCCUAGCAAGCGGGAGAUUGCCCAGCUCAAGAAUCAGCUGGAGGAGUCUGAGUUUACCUGUUCAACUGCAGUUAAAGCUCGUAAGUCCAUGGAGGUGGAGAUUGAAGACUUUCAUGUUCAAAUAGAGGACAUUUCAAAAACAAAACAAGCGUUGGAAGAGCAGCUGAGUCACCUACAAAGGGAGAAGAAUGAACUGCAGUCAAGGAUGGAGGAGGACCAGGAGGACCUCAGUGAGCUAAUUAGGAAACACAAAACUGCUAUGGCACAGUUGGCCCAGAACCUGGCUCAGAUCAGUGACCUACAAGCCCAGCUGGAGGAAGCCCUCAAGGAGAAACGGGCAUUUCAGGAUAAGAUGCAAGCCCUCCAGAACCAGCUUGAGUUUCAAGAGCAAUCAAUGGUGGAGAAAUCCCUUGUCAGCCGUCAGGAGGCCAAGAUCCGUGAGCUGGAAACCAAGCUAGAGUUCGAGAGGACUCAGAUCAAACGCUUGGAGAAUCUUGUGGCUCGUCUUAAGGAAGUUGUGGAGAAACUCACAGAGGAAAGAGAUCAGUGCAGCAGCAUCGAGAAUAGAGAAAAGGAACAGAGUAAACGUCUACAGAGACAGAUCCGCGACAUGAAAGAAGAGAUGGCUGAACUGACUAAAAAGGAAGCUGAGGCCAGUCGUAAAAAACAUGAGCUGGAAAUGGACAAAGAAAUCUUAGAGGCCGCUAAUCAAAGCCUUCAGGCAGACCUCAAGCUGGCAUUUAAAAGAAUCGGCGACCUUCAAGCAGCCAUUGAAGAUGACAUGGAGAGUGAUGACAAUGAAGACCUUAUCAAAAGUCCAUUUGGUCGCAGCUCUUUUAACAGAUCUGAUGAAGAUGAAGACAAAGAAGAAGGCAGGACUACUCAUGAUAUGGAUUUGGCCGUACUAUAAGAUGGAACAGCAGUGAAGACAGACCGUAUGAAGCCACACUGCAGUCCUAGCUGUCCAUAUACAGCUCCUCCCACUCACCAAUCUAAACCACCUCUUCCUUGUUGGGGUUUUGGGGGCAGCUCAAGCCUAAAUAGGUCACUAGUACGUCACAGGACCACAUAGUCAUACAGACCACAACCCUCUUCUGUACUCACAAGUAUGAAUCUCCAAUUAACCUAACUGCAUGUCUCUGGGAUGUGGGAGAAACCAAUUUUGCAUGCAGAGCUGACCACAGCUGUGAUAAACUAGGCAUUCCUCCUCACUUAUUGGUGUGAAGUCACUGCAGACAUAGCUGCUCUGCAAAUAUAUAGACUUAUGCAGCAAUGCUUUUCUUCAAUUACAGCCAUAACUGAGCCUAAAAACAUAAUGUUGCACUUGUGUGUAUUAUUUCAUUUUUUUCUCUUUGUCUCUUAUGUCUUAAUUGUUUAUAGAGUAUGUGAUCCUCCCAAAUAUUAUGUAUUACUGUAAUACAAUAAAUUACCAAGAAGGUUAUUUCAACUGUUCAUGUAUACACAUUGAUUUAGUUUUAUUAGCUGAUAGUCUCUGCAGUAGAUUCUUUAGUCAAAUACCUCGGCUUAUGUCUGUUACAGUCUCUUUAUAUAAAUUUUACCACUAGAUUUCCUUUUGGUGAUGAAUAGACCUCAUCGUACUGUAAGAGAAAAGUUAGAAUCAUAGCCUACUUUACAGACAUUUCUUUAAAAACUCAUAGGACUCUAAAUUGCAAAUGUCAAAUUAUUUGAACCAGCACAUACUUUGUUUGAAUUAAUAUAUAAACAUCCCGAAUAGAUAUUAUGUACGUAUAUGUACGUAUAUAAUUGCGUCAGUGCAGUGUAACUUGAUUGCAAGUAGGUUACACUUUGGGUAACCAUUUUUGUCAAUUAUACUGUAUGUCAUUGAGGCCAUUUCAGUGCAAUCAUGCCUUUAAAUGGCUCAGUGCCUCAAACCUGUACCUUAAUGUGAUACACGAAAUUCUUUAUUGAUCUGUUUUGCUAAUAAGAGCUGUUGUUGUUAGUUCCAGAUAAAAGAAAUGUUUAUUUUAUGGGCUUUUUUCUUUAUGUUGAUAGGAACAUAAAGGUUUGAACAAUAAGAUUGGUUUUUCAUUUUUUUCUAUGCUGUCACCUCAUUGUUAAAAUAUGUUUUUAGACCUUUACCUGAAGUGCAGUCUCACAUGAAUUGUGCAUAGUUUACACCAGCUUUGCAAAAUGCAUUAUCUUUAGUUAUUAUUGAACUCAUUGACCACUUUUUAAAAUGUUUUCCAUUAAAGUUUAAUAUAUUCUAAA